AGUGGCGUGUUUGGGAUUGUUGUGAGGGGAGGAGGACGCCAUCUUCUUUUCCCUGCAACUGAACUGCAGACAGGGAGAGGCGGUGUUUGAGGGAUUAUGUUUUAGAUUCGCGUUUCUAAAGCUAGCUUUCCAAAGAGGUCACCGGGAUCUCAUUAGUAACAUACACAGCAAACGCAGGCUGAAGUUUUUGUUGGUUUAUUUUAUCUGUAUAAGAAGGGUAUGAUGAAUGGAGGAUAAAUGUUGCUCAAAGCUGACAGCAGCAGUUUCGUCCUCCUUCUCUGUCUUCUUUUUGCUUUGAGUCUCACGGAUCCACCGCGGGCAGGUCCACGGCUAGCUCUGGCACGACUGUUGUCAGAGCUCCGGUGUAACCCUGGCCAGUUUGCCUGCCACAGUGGCACCAUCCAGUGUAUCCCCUUGUCCUGGCAAUGCGAUGGCUGGCCAACCUGUGAAGAUGAGAGCGAUGAAAUGGACUGCCCCAGUAUAACUGUGGAUCAGAGAUCCCGACAUGGGAAGGAGAGCAUUGAUAACAGGCACAGCCAUGGCAGAUCCGGAGAGGCCCCCCACUUUCACGCUGGCAGCGGGGAGAAGUCUCUGCCCUUUAGCAAGAAGUGCCCUACAGGAUGGCAUCACUAUGAGGGAACGGCCAGCUGUUACAGGGUGUAUUUAAACAGUGAGAACUACUGGGACGCUGUUCAUACAUGCCAGAGAGUCAACGGGUCCCUGGCUACGUUCGCCACCGACCAGGAGCUGAGGUUCAUUCUCGCACAGGAGUGGGACUUUGAGGAGAGAACUUCUGGACGCAAAGACCAGCGCAGGUUUUGGGUUGGCUAUCAGUAUGUCAUCACAAACCGAAGCCGCUCACUCGAAGGACGCUGGGAAGUGGCUUAUAAAGCAGGUUCCACAGAGGUAUUUUUACCCCCAGAGAGGGUGCCUAUUUUUGGGACAACAAUGCCAGAUCAUGAAAAUGUUUUAUGUGCACAGCUGCAGUGGUUCCAUUUACCAACAAUUCGCAACUAUGGGCUGCACAGUUGGUAUGCUGAAAACUGCUAUGAGAAAUCUGCUUUCCUCUGCAAGAGAAGCCAGACGUGUGUGGAUAUCAAGGAUAACGUUGUGGGUGAAGGGUUCUACUUCACUCCGAAGGGCAAUGACCCCUGCCUGAGCUGCACGUGUCACAAGGGUGAGCCGGAGAUGUGUGUGGCGGCUCUGUGCGAGCGACCUCAGGGCUGCCAGCACUUCCGCAAAGACCCCAAAGAGUGCUGCAAGUUCACCUGCCUCGACCCAGAUGGAAACAGUCUGUUUGACUCGAUGGCCAGUGGGAUGCGCCUGAUCGUCAGCUGCAUCUCCUCCUUCCUCAUCCUGUCUCUGCUGCUGUUCAUGGUGCACAGACUCCGCCAGAGACGCAGGGAAAGAAUCGAGUCUCUCAUUGGUGGAAACUUGCACCACUUCAACCUGGGUCGCAGAAUGCCCGGUUUGGAUUACGGACCGGAUGGGUUUGGCACAGGUCUGACUCCGCUGCACCUUUCAGACGAUGGCGAGGGAGGGGCUUUUCACUUCCAUGACCCUCCACCUCCUUACACGGCCUUCAAAUACCCUGAUAUACAGCACCCUGACGACCCCCCGCCCUCUUAUGAGGCAUCCCUCAACCCAGCAACCAUACUGAUUGUCAGUCUAAAUGAGAACAAUUCUCAGACACAUCGGAGCAUUCAGCCACCUAUAGAAACCAGCGAUCUACACCCGGAAACGACAGAGGAAAGAGCAGAGGAAGGUUCCACUUUAGAACAGUCUUCAGAAGAACUCGAGGAUUCCAUCGACAGUAGCACUCUGCUCGUCCCACCAGAUUCACCUACUGAUGAAACUACAGCGACAGAAACUGCAGUGACAAGCUGCGACAGUAACUGUUCACUAAAUACUGUGGUGUAAAAAACAACGUUAAAUGGUUAUUUUGCGGUCGAAUGAGUAGAGGAGCUACUUGCACACUGCUGUACAGAGAGAAGAGGAACGCUAGUCAGACGUCUUUAGUAGUGUUAUGAAACACUCUGCUUUCAUGUUUCAGUUUAGCGUCACUUUUUUUGUUGUGUAAAUAGAGAUUGUGAAAUCCCUGCAUGUUUCCAUGGAGGAAACUAAAACAAGGUUCUUUAGGGAAUUAGAAAACAAAAGAAAUGAGGCAGCUUUUUGUUAUUUUUAAAAAGAAACCAUGAAUUUGCAUCUGAAUGUGGAUUAUCUUGAGUAAAAUGAACUUGGGACUGAAAGACUGAACUGUGGAGAAAUGUCUGUGUGCUUAAUACAUACCACCCGCACAGAGAGCUGGAAACUUUAGAAGGCUUGAACUUUCUCUCCAGUAAAGGCAGAACGAUCUUCUUGAAAAAUCGAAUUGGAUUUCACAAUGCAUUUGUUUGUUUUUUUGUAAAUAUGGGUCUCUAUAUUUUGGAGUUGAUCUAAUGAGCUGAUGUGCAAAUGUUUAAAGUUUCUGUGUCUAGAAAAAGACAGGGAAAUAGAAAGGAUCCAUUUGGACUUUGCAGUGGUCGGAUUAAAAAUUAGUGGUCCUUAUCCAUGCAGCAAGGCUUAAUUGUAUAGUAAUCGGUAACAUUGACUCCCCCCAGACAACGUUUUUUUUUUUUAUUGGGGUAGAUAUGAGAUGUACUUCCAUGUUCGAUACCCUUUUGUGUAGAUUUGAAACAAUACUCAAAGUACAUCUUGAAAUUAUUUUACAUUGGGAUUCAUCUACUUCAUCUCUGGGAGAAAACUAUAUUUGUUAUAGUGUAACAAUUUCUAUUUGUGAACAAACAAUUACCCUCCACAAAAAAAGGAUUUGGUGUAGUUGUUUUAUACUAUGCUUUAAUACUAGUAUGUUUUUGUUCUAUUCAAGUUUAAUGCUUACAGUUUAAAUGAUCAUGAAAAAGUAUAGCUGUUUUUUGGGGGUUUUUUUAAAAAAAAAAUUCCCAUGGCAGACAGUUCAAAACUAAACAUUUUGCACAUCACUGAUGUAUUGAAGCGGGAAAUUCUGAAACUUUUAUUAAAUCACUGCACAAACACAUAUUUACAUUUUUGUAUGUAAACUGGUCAGAUUGUCCUUCAUUUGUGCAAAAUGUCAUGUAGUUGUGUUUUUUUUUUUGUGGUUUAGUGGGGCUACAUUUUAUUGGCAAAUGAAUGGUCCUACCACUGAUUGUUUUAGAUUAGAUUUUAUGUUUUUUUUUUUUUUUUUCAAUGGUGUAUAAUGGGCCAAGCAGACACCGCUUGCAUUUCCCAUUUAGUAGCAUUCAAAAUGUAAGUGGUACAGUGUUAACAAACCUAACCUCCUGUCUUUUACAUGCAGCAUUUACAUUGUUUCUGCAAGUCAAAAACCCAGGACAACACCCACACAGACUAAUGUGUGUGGCUCUACAGACUUAUGAAUCAGAGAUUAAUAACUGCAAUGAUUUUUAACAUGUCAUUCUAUGCCAGUCAAAGCAGGACCAACAUUGAUCAAAGGGACAGGCAAUCUGGUCCUGUAGGGCCAUUCUGCGCUACAUUUAAUGAUAGAAGGAAACUGCUCUGGAACCUGGUUAGUGGCCCAAUAGGGUCAAUUAAACAGUUCGGAACAUGGUUGGAAUAAGUACCUAUUCUGGAAGUGUUCUAUCACUGUUCCUGUACAUAAGAAGAAAUAUUUAUUGGAAAGUUUAGAUCCAUAGUGAAGUCCAGUGAAAGGACAUGGUUUGCCCUGGAUUGUGUUCAUAAAUUAAUGAAUCCGGUAUUGUAGAAAUGAUGAACUGCAGUCAUGUUUCUGAACCAUCUUGGUACUAGAGAAAAUGCUUCUCAUGGUGGUCUAAUUGAUCUGUAGCUUCCUAAUGGAAACAUUACCAUUACAAAAAUAAAAAAAAGUCCAAUAUCUGAACUCCAUUUGAGUCACCUGUGUUUCAAUGUCUCUGAGGACUCACAUUGGCUACACAGAAUGUAACACAGUAUAAAAUUAAUUUCAAUUGGAAAUACCAUUCAAACGCCACACACACACUAUUACUACCUAUAUAUAUAUAUACCAUAUUCCAAAUAUUUCUGUAUAAUCUGGGUGUGUUUUGGGCCACUGUGAGCAUCCACUUAUUUGUAUUUUAUUCUCUCAAUCAAGUUUGAUUUUACAAAAUGUUUGCAAGUACAGUAGUUCCAGUAAAUUGUGAUACAAUUAAACUGUGGCAGUGUAACAGAACACAUGUUGAUCUGAAAUGAUAUGCUGUCUCAUAACAUUUGAUACUGUUCAUGCUGUACCUGUCUUUUUUUGUUUUAGGUUUUCUUUUUUUCCUUCACAACACUAAGAAUAAAGUUCUUUUUUUUUUCUCAA